AUGGAGCCACUAAGCUUUCGACGUGAUACUGACGUGGAAAAAUACCAGUUCGCCUCCGAGCUUCCAUAUCGUCCCGGUACCAACACAACAGGAAAGGCGGUUCAAAUUCGUGUCAAUCAAUUAAAGGUCACACAAUGGCCAACCAAGGAUGUCUACCAGUUCGACAUUCUCAUUGGUACUGGUGCUGAGAAGCGCGGCAAGGUCUACAAGGUCUGGCACUCAAAGACCCUACAAGACAAACUCCGUUCUCUCACAAAUGGUAUGCCAUGGCUCUGGGAUGGCAAUAGAAUUGCUUGGACUUCGUUCAAAGUUUCAGAACAACGUUGCACUGUUGACCUCGAUGCUGAGCAAGGACGCCGUCCUCGUCCGACCGGACCUGAUGUAGUCCUUUGUAUUAUCCGCCCAACAAAGACCCUUCGCAUGGCCUGUAUUGGUGCGUACUUGAGUAAACAGAUGGCUUUUGACAAUACCAUCCUGGAAUGCAUCAACUUCCUUGAUCAUGCCAUGCGUAUGAUGCCUUCUGAGACAUAUACCUCCCUCAAGCGAUCAUUCUUCUCUCGAGGACCUGGACGUCAUCCAUUGGACAAGUGCAUCGAGGCUAUGCGUGGAGUUUACUCUUCAAUCCGUCUGUGCAGUCCAAAGCCAUCUAUUGGUGGACCUGCUACUGGUUUGGCAUUGAAUGUUGAUGUUGCUAACGGAACCUUCUGGACCGCGCAAGAUCUUCAUCAGGCCGCCCGCAACUUCUGCAAUCAACGUAAUCGAAACCUUGAGUAUCGGAUCUUCCAAAAUCUUUUGCUCCCCGUCAGCGAUGGCAAGGGUGGUAUCGCUAUGUCUGAGGACUUCAAGAACUUGCGCAAGAUGGCCAAGCUUCGCUUUUGGGUUAAGCAUCGUGGCAAGACUGACGAUAAAAAGGAGUAUAUCAUCAAGAAGUUUACUUUCGAGAACCAUCCUAAGUUUGCCAAGGAGGGCGCACAUUCGAAGAACUACACAUUCAAAAAGAAGGACAUGAGUACCAACCCUCCUACAGAGACGGAAAUCACCAUCUACGAUUACUUUUGGACCAAAUACGGUAUUCGGCUCGAGUACCCCUACCUUCCAUUGGUUCAAACCACUCGUGAUGGCGUCUUCCCUAUGGAGGUCUGCGUCCUCCUACCGAACCAAAAGUAUCAGUUCAAGCUAUCUUCCGAGCAGACUGCCGCUAUGAUCAAGUUUGCUGUCACCCGCCCCCGUGAGCGUAUUGAGGCUAUCAAACAUGGUGUUGGCAUGCUGAAAUGGCAUGACGAUCCUUAUCUCCGCCACUACGGUGUCAAGAUUGACCCAAACAUGACUACUACACAAGCCCGUCUUCUCCCGCCUCCGGAGGUUCAAUACAACGGAUCGAAGGCCACUCCCCAUUACUCCGGUCGUUGGGACCUUCGUGGAAAGAAGUUCCUCCUUGUGAACACUGAGCCCUUGAAGUCCUGGGGAGUCUGUGUUAUUGCCGAAGCAGUAAAUGAGCCCACUAUGCGCAAUUUCUUGAGGGUCUUUGUCCAGACCUACAUGAACCAUGGUGGUAGAGUAGAGAAUAGGAACCCCACAAUUUACAUUGCAAGAAAGGGUGAAGACUUGGCCUUCUCUGUUGCCGCUGCUCGAAACAUGGCCGGUAACCAAGCCAAUUGUUUACCGCAAAUCCUCCUUUUUGUCCUCCCAGGUCGGGAUUCCUUCAUGUAUGAGCGACUGAAGAGAAACAUGGAGUGCCGCUUUGCCAUGGUUUCUCAGAUGUUGAAUGUUGCCCAUGUCCAGAAAGCGACACCUCAAUAUUGCUCUAACGUCUGCAUGAAGUUUAAUGCAAAGCUCGGUGGUGCGGAUGUUUCUCACCCUACCCCUGGCAGCCCCCAACCCUCCAUGGCUGCACUCACAAUGUCAUUCGAUAAAGAUGCAUGCCGCUAUGCUGCUGCUGUUCAGACCAACGGUUAUCGCGUUGAGAUGAUUACUCCCCAGAACAUCAAGACUAUGAUGCUGCCAUUAUUUCAGCAAUGGAUUUCGAAAGUCGGUGGUGGCCAAGGCCCUCAGCACAUCUACUACUUCCGUGACGGUGUUUCCGAGGGCCAAUACACGCAUGUGCUGAAUCAGGAAGUGAAGGACAUGAAGGCUGCACUUGCUGAAAAGUUCGGACCUAGAGCUAGCACUAUCAAAUGGACCGUCACUAUCUGCACGAAGCGCCAUCAUAUUCGAUUAUUUCCUAAGGAAAACGAUUCUGUCGCAGCCGAUAGAAACAAUAAUCCGCUCCCUGGGACUUUGGUCGAGAAUGACGUUACUCAUCCAUUUGAGUAUGACUUCUACCUAUCUUCGCACUCUGCGAUUCAGGGUACUGCCCGCCCAGUCCAUUACCAUGUUAUUAAGGACGAGGCCGAGGUCCCGGUGAACGACUUCCAGCGUUUGAUCUACAACAUGUGCUACCAGUACAUGCGUUCUACUACCCCAGUCUCGCUGUUUCCUGCUGUAUACUACGCUCAUUUGGCGUCCAACCGUGCUCGUUCUCACGAGAACCAUCCUGCUUCUGAUGGACCUCGCGGUGGUCAAAAGUUCGAGGAGAUGCGUCAAGAUCAAGCUCAAGCUAUGCGUGCUGCUGCAUCAGGUCUCGGUCCCACCUCCCACAGCGGUAGUCGUCCACCACCGCCGCCAACUGAGGCUAUCCCGCUCGUUCCAUUAGGCAACGAUCAGAUGAAUGGCAACAUGAUUGUUGUCCUCCGUACCGGCAUGUGGUACAUCUAAGAAAUACUACUUGACCCCGUGAAUGAUCCUUGGUCCUUGCCUCGGUUCACAAUGCACAUUUUCGAUUCUUGCCUCU